GUCUCGAUCCUCAACCAUCAACCCUCACGGCCAGUUCCGGGAGGUCCUUUACACACUCUCCGAGCCCUCGAGUCCUCAAGUCGGUGUUCAGUCUUACUCGUUAUUAGUUGGUCAUGGCCGUCAUCUCCAAAGCUACCAGCGUGGCAGGUCUGGCCGUCUUGGUUCCCUCCGUCCUAGCCCAACAAUUCAUGGGCGCCACCUUCCCCUACGAGUUUUUCAAUCUGAGCUCGCCAUGCCUUGAGGCGCUGAACACUACUUUGGAUUGCUCGAGACGACUUGCCUCCCACACGAACUUCGAGUCGCCCAGGGUCGACGUUCUCGAUCUCGACGGAAUCGCCGCCGUAUGCACUGAUAGCUGCAAAGAAUCGAUGCAACAACUGCGACACAAGAUUGAGAAUGACUGUAACCCGAUCACCGACCUUGUCGAUCACGGUCUGACCAUGUUUACAGCAACACAUAUGGUGGAUUGGUAUAUCUACACCUACGACAUAUCUUGUUAUAGGAACAGAGACACGGGAGAAUUCUGCGACUACAUCCUGGAUGGAUGGAGAGACCAAGCUGAUGACGCCCCCCAUGACUGCGACGACUGCGUCCUUGGACCUACGGAAAUCGAAGUCAAUUCGGAAAUCGGCCACACCAAAGCUCGAUCUGCCGAGUUCCAGUCGGCCAUUUCGAGCUGCGACAAGACGGGUUAUACUUAUAUCGAGCCAGACAUCCACAGUUCGACAUCCGCGGCGCCAGCAGAGUCCACCAUAUUGGCUAAAAACUGGUCCGCUCACCGCAUGUCAUCCGACUGCGCCUUCACGUACCGCGUAAGAGAAGGCGACACGUGCGAGAGCAUCUCUGUCGACCAGAGUGUCUCUACUAAGGGGCUAAUCGAAGGGAACGAUGCAAUCAAUAGCCGGUGUGACGGUCUCAAAGCUGGCCAAGAUCUCUGCAUGCCCGAGCAGUGCAAGAUUCACUUUGUGGAAUCCGGGGAUUCUUGUGAGUCCCUUGCCGAAAAGUACGGCGCCACGCCGAACGACCUGGCGAAAUGGAACCCCCGGAUGUACAUUCAGUGCAACGACUUCAGAUACUCCAAGCCGACCUACAUCUGCGUUGGACCACCCCUAAGCACCAAGAAUGCGCAUGAAACUUCUGAUACCAGAAAUGAAUCAAGAUUUUAGGCAGCGGACGCCUCGACGACAGGGACAAGCUCCACAUUUGACGAGUUCACGGCAAGCGACAUGUGAACCCUUACGCCACCCGUUUGCGGUACUUAUGACUAUAAUGGAUGUUGUGCAACUUGCAUCCUUGUUUUCUCGUGCGGGAGCUAACCGUCAACAAUAGCAAAGGUUGCAGGUCGAAAGUCUCUGCAACUGAUAAUUGAACCCGGCCAUACUUGGCCCUGACCGAGUCCUGUCAAGUCUGUCCGGCGGUUUCAUUUAUCAGCCAUCGGAUUCAAUGAAAUGGGCUGCUAGGGGCAAUAGUCAACCAGAGUAUUGGGGUGAAUGAUUUGCAAUGCAGUAAGAACAUGUGACUAGCUGAUAUUCGAAUCUACCCUUCUCCCCAUUAUUCGACGGAACUACUAUGCCAUUUCUUCGCACGCUCCUAAGCGGCCGCGGCGCUAGUGCUGGAACCCUCCCUUCUCCCGAUAGCCUCCAACUGGCCCGAAUGACCCUUAAACAAACCAAAUAUUAC